UAGAUAGCCGGCCGCCCGCCUCCCUCCCUUCUCCCCACCACACCUCCACUGACAAGCCGCCGCCGCUGCUCUUCCACGCCCCCACCGCACCUCUCCCGGCCUCGCACCCAUGGCCACGGCUAUGAUGGCUGCAUCCACCACCUCGUGCUCUCCGCGCCGUGCUGCGCCGGUCCUGAAGCCGGUGGCCUCCUCCUCCUCCUCCUCCAGCAGCAGCUCGGCGCGGCCGCGGCGGCCCUUGGCGCAGCAGCUCCCGCGGCUGCUGGCGACGGCGGCGGCGGCGGUGGCUGCAGCGCCGCUCCCGGUGCUGGCGGAGCAGAUGGAGAAGGCCCAGCUGUUCGACUUCAACCUGACGCUCCCGGCGAUCGCGACCGAGUUCCUGCUGCUCAUGGUGGCGCUGGACAAGCUCUACUUCACGCCCCUGGGCAAGUUCAUGGACGAGCGGGACGCCAAGAUCCGCGGCGAGCUCGGCGACGUCAAGGACGCCUCCGAGGAGGUGAAGCAGCUGGAGGACCAGGCGGCCGCCAUCAUGAAGGCGGCGCGCGCCGAGAUCGCGGCGGCGCUCAACAAGAUGAAGAAGGAGACCACCGCGGAGCUGGAGGGCAAGCUGGAGGAGGGCCGCAGCCGCGUGGAGGCCGAGCUCGUCGAGGCGCUCGCCAACCUCGAGGCGCAGAAGGAGGAGGCCGUCAAGGCGCUCGACGCGCAGAUCGCCUCGCUCAGCGACGAGAUCGUCAAGAAGGUGCUCCCAUCCGCGUGAGGGAACCAAACCAGCGAGCCGGCGGGCGUUCCUUUCUUUAGCUUUCUGAUGAUCAGUGUGUAUACGCUUGUCGGGCUGCCGUCCAUGGGCGGCCGCGGCCCUGCCUUCUUAUCUUAUGACUGUAAUUGCAUCGAGAAAAUAAACGAAUGAUAAUUUUGAAGAAAUCUCA